AUGCAUCAUAAUAGCGGAUCUUCUACUAUUCGUGACCUUGUCACACCUAAAAAUUGCGUAUGGGAUAUAACGUCUAAUGUUGAUGAAUCGAACUCAAAUAGUAGUGUGUCUUUAAAAUCCCAACAAGGAUGCACUUGUGUCGGAGAAGCGAUUCGAAGAGUCGCUGCUCUUCGAAAAAUGACAUCUAAUGAAGAAGGCGAAUACACAAUGAUUAACAACAACGAAGUUAAAUGGGCGAAGCUUUUCAUGGAAUUUAUUCUGGGUUCCGCAUAUUGUCAAUCAAAUAAAUGUCAAGGACACUCGGAUGAUAUGAUUUGGUAUGUUCACCAUCCAAAACUUUCAUCAUCGUUCUACGUUCAAGGAGCGCCGAAUGUUCUUCAAGUUUUCCGCCGUCAAAGUAAAAAUCAACCUGUUCCAUGCGACGAUAACUAUAAUUGGGAAGAGACCGUCUGCCUAAAUAUAAUAAUGCAACAGAUUGAUUUUUAUGUGACAUGCGCGGUUUGUACGAAAACUGGACCGCAGAAUCUUCAAAUAAUCCGGAAGAACUGUCAAAAAGUGUUCCCAUCACCUAGUAGACGUCGAAUGGAUAGUAAAGGAGAUAAUGAGGAGAUCACAUAUCCUAAACUAUAUUUUGCUAUCGAUGGUUUUGAAGAGAUAUUCAAUGAUGUUAUAGUACGUGAUGGUGAAUGUAUUUGUGUUGAACUUGUUGCAAGAGAUCGCCAGAAAACCCGCGAGUCUGUGGUUUUUUUGGGCUCAAUACGUUAUGAAAUUCUGAAGAAGGUUUAUGAUACGAAGGCAUCUUCAACGUGGCAAUGGGCGAAGAAAUUAAUGAAAUCGGGUGAGAGACGGCAGGAAUUCGUCAGAAUGCGAGGACCGCAGGGAAAAGGAUAUGCUGAGAUGGCUGUUGCGCGUGUGCCGAAUUGUGGAUACGAAACGCCUCUUACUGAGAAUCCCGUUGAUUUUUCGGAUUUUGUUGGGGUUGAGCAAAGUCUUGGAAAGCGUCGAAUGUCCGAAACUAAUCUUGCUAAUGGAACUCGAAUGUUCCCAUCACGUGCGGCCGCGACUCCAUCACAUUCGGCUCGCGGAAGACGUUGGCAAAGUGAAGCAGACACCGUUAAUCAGUAUCCCGAAGUGGAAGGAAGCAAUAUUGAUGACGAACUUGAUGAAGGCCCGGCAAACAAACUUUGGACCAUGAAAGGAUUCGCUCAAGUGUGGCACGGACUGCGCGAAAAGAAACGAGCUGAAUGCACACCAUUGAAUGCAUUUUUGACUUAUGUGACACUUCCGUGGAACAGCAUAUUGAAUGAUUUAUUGAGUGAUCGCCCAAAACGUCCCAUACUCACGUUCGAAUUUGACGCCCCAAAUCAAGAGAACACACAUUAA